AUGACAUCAACAAAACCGACGUGUGCACUUUGCGACAUCUCGUUCGACAAUAGCCAAGAACACAGAACGCAUGCUAAGAGUGAAUCUCAUGUCAAAGCAUUGAGAAAUCGAGCGGCUGCUGCUGGGCUAAUCGAGCAAUCACACCAUACCAGCGACACUUUCUCCAGCCAAAGUUAUCAACCUCAAGAGUCAUCCGAAAGCGACAGUGAUAUCGAAAUAGAAGUUCAGGAUGAUGCAAUUUCGGAUUUCGACCCUAAGACGUGCAUCAUCUGUAAUCACAGCGACCAAAGCUUUGCCGAGAAUCUCCUUCACAUGGAAUCGUCGCAUAGUCUACGAAUCCCCUACCAAGAACAUCUGAUUGUAGAUUUGGAGACCGUGAUAUGGUAUCUACAUUUUGUCAUAUUCGUCUAUCAUGAGUGUAUAUACUGUGGAACACGAAGUCGCACAGUUGAGGGAAUACAGCAGCAUAUGGUUGGCAAAGGCCACUGCAGAGUCGAGUUGUCCGAUGAGAUACUUGAGUUCUACGACCUAGAGGGACUCGGAAACUAUGGCACCAAGAAUGCUGUCGCUGUUGACAGCGAGAGUCUGCGGCUGUCGUCAGGCAAAAUCCUCUCGAAUCGAACAGCGCCGUCCGCUAGACCCAGCCGCCAAACAGCGACCCAGGAGAAGGACCAGAGCUCGCAGGCCAAUAUUUCCUACAAUGGAGCUUCCGAUGCCCUCACUGCAAAAGAUCGAAAGGAUGCGGCACUGGCAUCUCAACUGGCACGACUCAGCGUCAAAGAUCAGCAGAGUCUGAUUCACAUGUCAUCUUCUGAACAUAGAAGCUUUCUUCUACAGAGGAAGAAAGAACUCGAGGCAGUUCAGAGGACGGAACGAAAGAUGAGACUCAAGACUGAGAGGUUAAACAACAAAACGAUGAUGAAAACCUUUAAGAAUGAUGUCCCGGGCAGGAGUAAUGGAUAA